AUGUUAUCAGUAUGGGAAAAAAUCGGUUCACAAGAGUCAGUAUUCGAACAAACAGAAAUUGUUGAACUUUAUGAUCCAUAUCCGCUUAAAAAACCUAUUAAAGCGGCACAUUUAGAACAAAUUGGUUUACAAUCAAGAGAAGGAAAAAACAAUUAUCUACAAGAUAAAAUAGAUAGCAUAAAAGAUGGAAUAGAAAAAACUAUAGAAGACAUGGCAAAGAAAGAAAAAAUAUUAGAGGAAGGACAAUCAUGUAAAGAAUCAAUUGUGGUGGAAGAAUACAAAGAUGAUAAUUAUCUUGACAACUGUAGGAAUCUUGAUUUUAACAGCCAUAAUUGGUAA